AUGAUAUUACUUCUAUUCUUAUAUACGCUUGUUACUUUCGUCGAAUUCUCUUCCUCCACAGUUGUCGUCACAAUCACCGCCGCCCCAGCCAUCCCCUCCGGCGAACCAUCCUACUCCAACCCUACAUCUUUUACUUCUGCAAUUCUCAAUUCGACAAAUACCUAUCGCCGCGAAUACAACGCUUCUUCAUUAUACUGGAACACCACCCUAGAAAAAUUCGCUACUGAAUAUCUUCAAUCGGACACAACCUGUCGUUUCGCCCAUUCAGGCGGUCCAUACGGCGAGAAUAUCGCCAUUGGUUACGCGAACGCAACCGCGGCGGUAGAGGCUUGGGGUAACGAGGACGAGAAAUACAAUUUCAACCAUCCUGGCUUCACGGAAGAGACAGGACAUUUUUCUCAGCUGGUCUGGAAAGCGACGAGGGGCGUUGGGUGCGGGAGGAAGUUAUGUGGUACGAGAGGCUGGUUUGUCGUGUGUGAGUAUUGGCCGAGGGGGAACGUAGGGGGCCAAUAUGAGGAAGAAGUUAACAGAAAAGUUGAAGAAGGACGAGGGACGAGACUGAGCGGUGGUGUUGUUGCUGCUAUUGCAGUAGUGGUGAGUUUGCUGCAGUGCUGUAUAGUUGUGGUGGUCUUUUGGUGGUUUGGGACUAUGAUGAAGUGA